AUAGUUAGUCUGUGGUUAGUCUAGUCUAUGAGCAACAUUAAAAAUUGAAAUUGAACUUUGGAAUAUUGGAAUUCCUUUUUCAAUUUUUUAUUAUCAGUAAACUUAUCAACACCGGUACUUUGUACUGUUUGUAAUAAAAUAAGUAACGAUAAGUAAUUUCAUAAAUAAUGAAUCAAUUUAGAGUUUUAGCUAGAAAUUUUUCAAGUUCUUCAGCAUUACAAAACACAGUAAAAAAUGUUACAGUUAUAGGAGGAGGGUUAAUGGGAUCAGGGAUUGCCCAGGUAGCAGCUCAAGCAGGUCAAAAUGUCACACUUGUUGACGUCAGUUCUGACGUUCUGGUCAAAGCCCAGAAGUCAAUCGGUGGUAACUUGAGCCGAGUUGCCAAAAAGGUGUAUAAGGAUAAGCCUCAAGAGGGGGAGAAGUUUGUCAGUGAGUCCUUAGCGAGGAUCAAGACAGCUACUGAUCCAGUGCAAGCUGCAGCCUCUGCUGAUUUGGUGGUGGAGGCCAUUGUGGAGAACAUUGGGGUGAAGCAUCAGUUGUUCCAGAAGUUAGAUGAGGCAGCUCCGGCUCACACUAUCUUGGCUUCAAACACAUCCUCUCUUUCCAUCAAUGACAUUGCAUCUGUGGUGAAGAGGAAGGACAAGUUUGGUGGUCUCCACUUCUUCAAUCCAGUACCAGUGAUGCGACUUCUAGAAGUAGUUCGAGGUGCCGAGACCUCUGAUGCUACUUACAAAACUAUGAUGGAGUGGGGCAAGGCGGUGGGCAAGACUUGCAUCACUUGCAAGGACACUCCUGGCUUUGUGGUGAACAGACUGCUCGUGCCGUACAUCGCUGAGGCUGUCAGACUGUUUGAGAGAGGUGAUGCCUCUGCCCGAGACAUUGAUAUUGCAAUGAAACUAGGCGCUGGAUACCCAAUGGGUCCUCUGGAGCUUGCUGACUAUGUUGGUCUGGAUACCACAAAGUUCAUCUUGGAUGGAUGGCACAAGAAGUACCCGCAGGAAACUCUGUUCAAACCUAUCCCUUUGGUAGAUAAACUAGUAUCGGAAGGGAAAUUUGGAGUCAAGUCUGGUGAAGGGUUCUACAAAUAUGAGAAGAAAUAAAGCGGAAAAUAGCUUUUCAGUCAUAUAGUUGGGCAACACAACACAUACGAGUAUUUGUUAUUUUACAAAGUUCAUUAAAGCCUUUUGUGUAAGCCCUUUAUAUUUUAUGUAAAGCUGAUAAUUGUUUGGUUUUGUGGUGUAGUUAAAAUCAGAUCAACCUUCUGCUUUAACUACCAAAUUAAAGAAAAUAAAGCCAAGCUUGAGAUUAAUUGAAUAUUGAGGAAACUGCUUUGAGUGCUACUACUCUGCCUAACUGUAUGAUAACUGUUUUUGAUUAUAUUUUUAGGAAUUGUGGAAUUUACACAGGUUGCUGUUAGAUAUUCUGUUUUGUAUUAAUAUUGUAAGUAUAAAUGUAUUGUGAACAUAUUUUCUUAUACACCCAUAUUAAAAUAUUUAUAUUUUUA